AUGGAUGACACACCUGAUGACUCGAAGCUCCGAUGUGCUGCUGUUCACCUGGAAGGCGAUGCCCUUCAGUGGCACCGUGCCUAUAUGAGGACCCGGAAUGCCACGGUAGCCGAGGUUCCGUGGGCGGACUAUGUCCGUUCGAUCUCUGCCCGUUUUUCGGAUGCCCUAUUUGAAGACCCAUUGGAAGAGAUGGCUUCGUUAACUCAGAUAGGUUCGUUACAGGAACUUAACACGGCUUUUGACUCCCUGUUGAAUAAAGUUAACCUAAGUGAACCACAAGCUGUGAGCCUCUACAUCAAGGCUCUCAAACCGGACAUCCGUGGACCGGUUAAGAUGUUUAAACCACGAACGUUGCAUGAAGCGUAUGGUCUGGCCAAAACUCAAGCCCUUAACAACGAGCACCUGGAAGAAAAAUUUGCCGGGGGAAAAUGGAACGGGGGAGCCUCUAAACUUGCUAACACGAAAAUUACACCACCCUCUAAUGCAGCCAAACUUCCCCUACUGCCCACCCCUACCAAAACCGUGGCCACCUUGAAUAAACCAUCCACCGAGAGACGAUGUUUGACAAGUAAGGAACUGGAACAAAAAAGGGCGAAGGGCGAGUGUUUUUGGUGUACGGAGAAGUUUGUGUCGGGCCAUAUGUGUGCGAAACCCCGGAAGCAACUAUAUACUAUUGAGGCCGAAGACGAGGAUGAGAGACUGGAGGACGACGAAGAGUCCGACAAAGACGAGGCCACAGAACACCAGAUUUCAAUUCACGCGUUAACGGGUAUUCCGUCUUACUCCACUAUGCGGGUGAGCGGGUCGAUGGGGACUCGUCAACUACACAUACUUAUUGACUCCGGGUCGACUCAUAAUUUCCUUAAAGAAAAAUUGGCAAAAAAGUUGGGUUGUGAAGCCGUGAGUAUGGCGCCGGUCACUGUGGGGGUAGCGGAUGGAAAGAAAUUAACUAGUACUCAGGUCUGCCGGGAUUUUCAGUGGAAUAUGCAGGGAAACUGGUUUAAAACGGAAGUCUUAUUGCUGCCACUCGAGAACUACGACAUGAUUUUGGGGGUCCAAUGGUUGUUACCGUUGAACGAUAUCUUAUGGAAUUUUCAAAACAUGACCAUGAAAUUUGAGCUAGCAGGUAAGCAGUACGAAUUAAAAGGGUUGCAAAAUAACUUGUUUGCGGUGUGCUCUCUCGAGAAGAUGGGUAAACAUGCUCGAACGGGGGAUCUCCAACUAUUCAGUUUAUACUUGACCAACAACGAGCAACGGGACAACUACCAUACUCGGGUGGUAGGCGCUCCGUACGACCAGGAGGGGGCAGCAAGUUGGAGAGAGGUUGUGGCUCGGUUUCCGAAUGUUUUUCGAGUACCCACGGGGCUACCGCCGAACCAGGCCUUCGAUCAUAAAAUAGUAUUAAAGGAGGGUACCGCCCCGAUUAGCGUGCGCCCAUAUCGGUACCCGGCUGUCCAAAAAGACGUCAUCGAGAAAACCACACGCGAACUGUUGGAUUCGGGAGUCAUUCAGAACAGUCAAAGCUCAUUCGCGGCACCGGUAGUCCUCGUUAAAAAAAAAAGAUGGCCAAUGGAGAAUGUGCAUGGAUUAUAG